AUGCAGAUUGAGCUCGACCAGACACUGAAUAUCGGAAAGACCACUGCUUUGUUCGUCAUCCGAUACAGCAUUGAUGACAGCAGCGCAACUGAGGAGAUGAUCAUAAAUGGGAAUCCGGUUCUCAUCCCACAAAGUGCUGCAAAGGCGCUUAGGAACGUCUUCGAAAACAUUGAGGUGAUUUUGGCUCUCACGGGUGGAUGGUCUGCGUGGAUCUGGAUGGACUGCAUUUGUAUCAACCAAGCAGAUCCGAUGGAAGUAGAACGGCAGAAGAGGCUUGAGCCGCUCAUCUACACAAUCGCAAAGUGGACGGUGGAUUGCACGGGGUCUGUUGCGCAGAUCAAACUGGGUGUCAAUCCGUAUCAGAGUGCAGUGGUCAAUUUCGGAGGACCUAUUAACGACAUGGCUGCUGUUGGAGAGAGCCUGAAUAAUGCUCACAGGUUGGUGGGUCACCAGGCUGGUCAGGUGGUGUGGACUGCAAGUAGAUAG